CGCUAUGGUAUCUUGCGACCAUGGCCGCGGCCGCUGCCGAUCAAGCUGUUUUAAGGGCGAAAAAGAAAGGCAUGGUUUGUGCGGCGCCCACUGCAGAUGUUGCAUUGCCUCGCUGAACGAAUUCGCUGAGGUGAAGCAGUGUGUGCAGGCAGGCGGCUCCAUCAAGGCAAAGUGCACCGCCUUGGAAAAGGAAGUAGCGGGAGGCUGCUCAAGUGACCACUUCUGCUGUUGUGCCCUGAAGGACGUGUGUGAAGCUAAACACUCGUGUAGCGGCGGAAGAGGUUCCUGCCGAUCGAAGUGUAAGGCUCACGAGUCAGAGACUACCGAUAAAUGCGGCGCGGGCUGCAAGUGUUGUGUGACGAACAUCAACGUGUGCAAACCUAGCACUGAGUGCCAGGCGGCGGGUGGUGAGUGCCAAACGCAGUGUCCCCACGGAACGAAGGAGUUGCAAGGCGGUUGUUUUGGCAACAAGUGCAAGUGUUGUGUUGGUUUCCAUCUCGACUCAUUGUGUGGAGGCCAGCUGGCCUGUGACGAUGGCUUGGGACACUGCAGAGAUGAGUGCAACGAGUGGGAAGAAGAGGUGCACGGAAAAUGUGGACAGUUCUGCAAGUGUUGUGUAGCCAAGAUUGAAGUUCUUCUUGAUUUGGAGAAGUGCAGACACGAUGGAGGCUCGUUCAAGGCAUCGUGUUCCAAGCUGGAGAAGGAGGUUGGAAGAGGAUGCUCCUCACCUCAUUACUGUUGUUGCGCCCCGGUAGAUGUCUGUCAGGCUCACCCAACAUGUAACAAAGGACGCGGACAAUGCCGGGCUUGGUGUGAGCCGUGGGAGGAUGAGACGCUCGCUGGAUGCGGUGCUCAUUGCAAGUGUUGUGAGGCCAGGAAUGACGUGGUGGAAGACCUGGAGAGGUGUGUGCAAGAAGGAGGAGUUUUCAAGUCCACAUGCUCCAGGGACGAGAAGGAAGUUGCCGGGGGAUGCUCCUCCUCCAAAUACUGUUGCUGCGCUCCUCUCGAUGUGUGCCUCUCCCAGCCCUCGUGCGCAGGUGGACGAGGAUUCUGCCGGUCUAAGUGCAGCAAGUGGGAAGAAAAGACUUUCGGGAGCUGUGGCGCACACUGCACAUGCUGCGUCCCACUAACUGGAGUUAUCACCGUCAAAGAGUUGGAGUCUUGUGUGAGGAGAGGAGGUUCCUUCAAAGCCAGAUGUAGCAGGCACGAAAAGGAAGUAGCGGGAGGCUGCUCAGCUCAUAACCUGUGUUGCUGCGCCCCGUUGGACGUAUGCCAAGCUGAGCCGUCUUGUGCUAAAGGCCGCGGGCGCUGCAGGAGUUGGUGCAAGGAGUGGGAAUCUGAAGAAGGCCACUGUGGAGCACACUGCAGAUGCUGUGUGGUUCAAACAGACGUGCUGAGGGAACUUGAGGAAUGCGCGAAGGAGGGUGGUUCAUUUAAGGCCAAGUGCACUGAGGGUGAGAAAACUGUGGCAUGGGGUUGCUCUUUGACCAGCCACUACUGCUGCUGCGCCCUUCAAGAUGGUAAGACAUUCAUCAUUAUUUGUUCUUACAUUCACGGAUUCCGGGAUGUAGAAAGUUUAUGCCAAGCUCAGCCGACGUGCGACAGCGGCCGUGGGCAAUGCCGCCAUACAUGUCUCACUGGAGAGACUCAGACCAGCUCUUCCUGUGGCAUCAGCUGCAAGUGUUGCGUACCUAACACUGACGUGAACAUCAAUGAAAUAAAGCACUGCCUUAAUCACGGAGGAGCGUAUAAGGCGAAGUGCGGCACAGGCGAGAAGGCCUUUGGCGUGUGCACCUCUAAACAUUGCUGCUGCAUCCCAAAUGAUGUAUGUGACGGCGAAGGAUCAUGUCACAGCGGUCAGGGGUACUGCCGGAAAACAUGUGCGACCUCAGAGAAAGAAGUGUACGGAGGCUGCAGCCGCAGCUGCAAGUGCUGCGUUCCUAAUGACAGUGUUCAACUGGUAGAGGACUGCCUGAAAGCAGGAGGAGUCGUGAAGAGCAAGUGCACUGCAUUUGAGAAGAUAACUGGUAAUGGCUGCUUUGCUGUCGGGUCGUGCUGCUGCGCCUCAAGAGACGUGUGCCGAUCGCUGCCAUCAUGUGAUCACGGCAAAGGGUACUGCCGAGAAUGGUGCGAGACUUGGGAAGAGGAGACCUACGGAGAGUGUGGCUUCCACUGCAAGUGCUGUGUGCCCAAGAUUAGUGUAACUGAGAUUCAAGAGUGUCUGGACGCCGGAGGUUCGAUUAAGAGAAAGUGCUCAGACAUAGAAGAGAAGGCCGCAGGAGGCUGCAGCUUUGCUUCCGAAUAUUGUUGCUGCAAACCCAAGGAAGUGUGUACAGCCAAGCCAAAAUGUAAUGACCACAACGGCCGGUGCAGAGACUCGUGCUUUGUCCACGAGAUGGAGGUCACCGACACCGAGACGUGUGGCACAACCUGCCUUUGUUGUGUGCCAGUAAUUGACAUUAAAGCCGUGGACGAUUGUCUCAAAGAAAAAGCAACAUUCAGAGACGAAUGUUUGGAGUCGGAGAUUCAGACAGGACCGGGCUGCACGAUGCCGAACGACAAGCAAUGCUGCUGCAUCGCCGAGGAUGUGUGCACGGAGAAAGGAAGAUGUGACGAAGACUACGGCAGGUGUCGCUCUCAUUGCCUCGACACCGAGCGUGAAGUGACACCUAGCUGCGGCCACCACUGUAAAUGCUGUACCAUCCGGCCUACAACCACCACCACCAGUACCGCCUAAACAUGAUAUUGUGGCGCGUGUAUCCAGGGGCAAUGCAUCAACAAGUCACACGCCAGUCAAGAAAAAAUGGAUGGUGAGAUGUUAGGGUCAGAAGCCAUGAAACAUUAAGAACAGUUAAAUAGUUAAAUUAAAUUUGUAGAUGGAUAAAUGGUUAGAUUAGUAUGACCGACUAAUAUGAUAGACCUGAGAGAGAGAGAGAGAGAGAGAGAGAGAGAGAGAGAGAGAGAGAGAGAGAGAGAGAGAGAGAGAGAGGGAGAGAGAGAGAGAGAAAUGAAAAUCUUUCCGUCUCGAAUCAAAAGCCUCAUGUGAAAAAAAAAAAAUCAUCAUUCCAUGAUACUACCUUUUUUUUUUUUUUACUUUUUAUUUAUUUUACCAUAUACAACCGGCUUCACGCCACACAUCUAUGUCGUUCACACAUACACACACACACACACACACACACACACACACACACACACAUACACACACACACACACACACACACACACACACACACACACACACACACACACACACACACACAUACACACAUCACUCGCUCGUAAAUUACUAGUCGAACAGAGUGAAACCACCAUGGCAAAAUAUUUGUGGUGCUUCACAAUAAUAAUGGAGAGAACCUGGUCUUUCCAUAAUUUUCUGCCGGCAUGUAAUAUGCAGUAGUUUAGGUUUUUCUUCUUUCAAAAUAUCUCUUCUCCUCAAGUGACUGCUGCAGAGAAAGCAUGGAAUUAGCAUGGAAUGGUAAUAACAAUGCAUUGUUCAUGUCUCAUGUCCAGAAAAAGGAAGGUUUGUCAGAUAAGGAAUAAGAACCUAAUACAUAAUAUUUGAGCUUGUGGCUGUUGUUUUAUGUACAGAUAAUUUAUUGUGCAUUUGUAAUUGGGAUUCUGUAUCUUGUGAUUGCUUGCAAAGUUUUAUUUUAAGGGUAAUAAAUUAUUAUCCUCUGUUAUUGUGGCUACAACUGGCUGGUGAUACAUCAAUAAACUAUGCAAACAUU